CAACAACAAAUGUCACUGAAAAUGCCGUCUGUUGCAGUUAUUUAGUAAAAGUAAAUAAAUAACGCAUUUUGGAUGAUUUCGGAAAGACUCCCUGAGAUGGUUGCCGAAUCGAAUAUAUCCAUACCGGAGCAUCACAUAGGUACCAGAAUAGAAUGUAAUGAGUAUUUCGGUACGAUAAAAUACAUCGGCCCCAUUGAAGGGCACCCUGGAACAUGGUUAGGUAUAGAUUGGGACGAUUUGCAACGUGGUAAACAUAACGGCUUAGUAAAUGGGAUACAAUAUUUUGAAGCCAAAUACCCCAAGUCUGGUUCUUUUGUGAGACCUGAAAAAGUAAAUUUUGGACAGACGGCAAUUAAUUCCAUCAUUGCAAGAUAUAGAAGCGAAAACGACAGUUUGGCUAAAAUUUACGAGGAGGAGUUGUUGAGUUUUCAGAAAUCCAUUAAUGCGCCCUUUCUUGAGCUUGUAGGGUUCGAUAAGGUAGCAGAUAAGUUAAGGUUAGUAUCCCCUGAAAAAGGCAACACUGCAAGCACACAAUAAAUCUAGUAGCUUUGGGGUUGUCAUGGCAACAAACCAAGUUACAUACACCUUUGGCAACAAACCAAACAUGAUUUUCCUUUGGUAGUAUAAACAAUGAGGUUAUGUCAAAGUAAAACUAAUUUUAGCGAUUUUGAGUCAUUGCAAAUAGUAAAUUUGCGUCUACAAAACGUGAGGUCUCCUGGUGAGCCCAUGCAAUUAAAAAAUCUAUGUCCAAGUAUUAGAGAGUUGGAUAUUUCGAAAAAUUUGUUGUGUUCCUGGUUGGAUAUUUUUGAUAUUUGUAUACAACUUGAACAGUUGGAAUGGCUGAAUGUCAACGAAAACAUUUUGUCCCUGCCAGAAAAUUACACCGAUUACAGUUUUCCCAACAUAAAAACCCUCAUUUGUGGGUACAUGAACUUAAAGUGGAGCGAUAUUUUAAAGUUAAGCAUAGUAUUUCCGAAUGUUGAGGAAUUAAGGGUUCCAUACAAUGAAAUAACAGCUUUGAGUGUACCCUUGAGGCACAACUUUAAAAAACUAAAAACCCUAGAUUUAGAGGGGAAUUCCAUUGGAGAUUGGUCAGAGAUAAUGAAGUUGUCUGUGAUUAGUAAUUUGCAGCAGUUAAAUUUGGAGAAUAUUAAGUUAAAGGAGAUUUUAUUUGAUGAAAAUUUGGAGGUGUAUCCGAAUUUCACCAAAAUUAAUAUCAGUAACAAUGUAAUUGAGAAUUGGAGAUCGGUGGGGGAGCUUAAUAAACUGCCAAUAUUGGAGGAGUUACGAUUGGCCAAAAAUCCAGUAUUAGAUUUGGAAAAUCUGGCAACAAGGGAAGCACUAAUAACAGCCAGAAUUGCCUCGUUAAAAGUUUUAAAUGGAAGACCAAUAUCUUCAGAUGAAAGAAGAGGUGCAGAAAUCGAUUACAUUAAAAAAUAUGGUUUGGAGUGGUUGAAAUGUAAAAAUACCCCCUUAGAGAGGCAAUUUGUUUUAAUGCAUAACAGAUAUUUGGAAUUAAUUCAAAAAUACGGUUGUCCUGAAGAAAGAGAACUGCUCAUACAACCAAACAUACUAAAAACAGCAUUAGUCAGCCUAAAUCUAACCUACAAUAAUAAAACUAUAACAAAAAAACUACCCCCCACAAUUCUAGUGCAAAAGCUGAUAAUGAUGGUGGAAAAACUGUUUAAACUGUCGGAAAGACCUAGGCUUAAAUAUGUGAGUGGUCUAAGAAAGGAGAUUGAAAUUGAUUUGGACGAUGAAAUGAAAGAAAUCGGUUACUAUUCGAUUCAAGAGGGGGAUAAUAUUAUUGUUUUAACUUGAUUCUCUAAAAAUGUGAUAAAUUACGUUUAUUUAUUCCUUUUUUUAUUAACUAUGUUUUAAUAAAUAGUUUUGCAA